AUGAUUCCGAUAUGGAGGUCGUGCGUCAUAAGGCAGGGCGUACUUGCGCCUGUUGCACCUCCAUCCUCGUUCCUUGCUCCCUUGAAGGCGGCUAGAUCACCUAUACAUCUACUUCAGCUGCCCUCUCCCUCUCGUACAGUAUCCACGAUUCGACAAUCGAUACUUAAACCGGGACAUUUACGGAAACAGCUACUCUCUAGCCCCUACGUAUUGCCUACAAGCUCCACCCGCCAUUUAGCAUCUCUACGCCGUCCCUCUAGAAGAAGCAUAGACCCUCCAUCUCCCAUAAAAGCAUCUACUCCAAAUAUUUCGCAACCUAGCCCCCAUAAUGCCGAAGACACGGCAGCCCCCCCACCUCCUGUCUUAGGACCCAUCUUUGCAGACCCGAAGGCCAAGGCCGUAUCUACUGAAACAGCUAGCGAGCUCAAAGUCGGCAGUGAAGCAUGGUAUAAUUACCACCGCGCUCGUGCGCGCGUUUCAGAUCGCGAAGAACCGGAAGAAAUGUCAGCGAUUCGUCGCCUCGCACCUUCGUUCGUAUUCCUUCUCGUCACUCUAGCAGGGAGCGCUUAUUAUGCCCUCGCAUACGUCCACCCUCGUCCAAAGGACCGAUUAUUCCCGAACAUCCCAAUAGCGAUAACUACGAUCGGCGGGAUUAUUGCCGCUAAUUUCGUAGUAUUCCUGGCGUGGAGAAUACCUCCGUUGUGGAGGAUCCUGAAUACGCAUUUCGUUCAAUGUCCGGGGGAUCCAAAAGUCCUUAGCCUUAUCGGAAGCGUGUUUAGUCACCAUACUCUUUGGCAUUUUGCGGCCAAUAUGCUGACAUUGUUCCUCAUUGGUACAAGCUCAGAGCGUCUAUCAAUAGUAUGUGAACAAGUCGGUCGAGGCAACUUUCUCGCUCUAUAUAUGUCCUCAGGUGCCAUUGCGUCAUUUACUUCACUCACUACGAACGUGAUCAUGAAGCGAUUCCAUGUUUUCGGGCUUGGUGCCUCUGGCGCCGUAUUCGGUGUUUUAGGGGGGUUUGCAUUUAUCAAUCCUGACACUGAACUAUACUUCGUCCUCCUCCCUCUAUUCACCGUCAAAGCUGCCACAAUCGCCACAGCAAUGGGUGUCUGGGAAUUCACAGCCUUGCUCUUUGGAUGGAGCAUGUGGAUGGAUCACGCAGCUCACCUAGGCGGGCUACUCGCUGGCGCUGGUUUAGCCGCGUUGCUAAAAGAAGAAGCUCGACGAAGAAGGGAGGCAGUGAUUAGGGGACUGCUGGGCAAAUCUUAA